AUAAUGGCCAACAGCCCGAAGAGAACAUCCCUCCAAAAGCCAGGCCUGAGUCAUGUGUCUCAUACCCGGGAGCCUUUCCUGAAGAUGAUCCAUGCCAGAGAAUCCUUCCCAACCUAUCAGACUUGGACUCAGCGUGAGUUCCUCCUCCCCAAAGAGACCAGGGAGUUCCCGGGCUUCACCAUGCAAGGCUACCACAAGCUGGCCCUGAAGCAGCCACCAUGCACAGAGUUGAAGUCUAAGGUGCGUCGCCAGGUACUCUGUCCUUGGAAGGAUGCAGCUGAGCACACCUGGGGCUUUCACACAUGGCUGGAUGUGGGACGUUUGCCUGCUACCUUCCCCACCAGACCAGACGUACCCUAUGAUAGCAAUGUCUGGCGCUAUUUGACUCACUCCAAUGCCCACCGCCUCCCUGCUGCACAGCCUGGCAUCCCUCCUCCUUCCUGGAUGGGCCCACACAGCUUCCUAACCUUCCUCAGUGCUACCCCCAUCUUCGUGGACAUCAACAGAAAGAAGCAGAUCAUUGUGAGAACAGUGAAGGAGCUGAAGGAAGUGGAGAAACUCAAGCUGAGGAGUGAACUAAGGGUCCCUCCACUCGAUGCCCAUGGCAAUAUCCUACCUCCACCAAACUUCAAGAAGUCCCAGUACAUAUCUACUGGUGGAAGGCUUGUGCCUUGUGGCCUCCAGUUCCUACCCAACCCAAUUCCCAGUGAUUGCUGCAAGAACUGGCCCUGCCCAAAUCUUCAGCCUCAUUACCAGGAGAAGGCCCUGAAACUGGCUCGGCAGCCCACUGUGCCCCUGAGCGAAGACCUUGUGAAGGAUUACCAAACCCUGAUUAAAGACCGGCUUGCCAUACCCGUCCACUACCUAUCCAAGGCAGGACCUGCUAAAACAUCAGAGGGGAGGAGGAAAAGGAGACCUGGAUAUGUCUAAAGGAGACCAUAGUGGGCCUUAGGGUUUGCAGCCUAGCCUUCUUCAGUAAGGGACCACAGGAGACUGAUGACUCUGGGCCUACAGAAUAACCUUUCGUCCAGCCUCAAGCCACCUCUGUAUCAAGCUUCUGGAGACAUUACUG